UUUAAAUUCGUUCUUGGAGAGAUAACAAAGCAUUCUUCACCUUUACCACAAAAAAGAAGAAGAAAGAGAAAUGGCAAAAGAAAAUGGUUUUAUAGGAUCAAUCGAUCAAGGAACCACCAGCACCAGAUUCAUCAUCUACGACCACGAUGCUCGUGCUGUUGCAUCUCAUCAAGUCGAGUUCACUCAGUUCUAUCCCGAAGCUGGAUGGGUGGAACACGAUCCAAUGGAGAUACUGGAAAGUGUGAAAGUGUGCAUUGCAAAGGCUCUCGACAAAGCCACUGCCGAUGGACACAACGUCGACGGCGGCUUGAAGGCCAUUGGGCUGACAGAUCAGAGAGAGACAACUGUUGUUUGGAGCAAAUCCACUGGCCUUCCUCUCCACAAAGCUAUUGUGUGGAUGGAUGCUCGUACCAGUUCCAUCUGCAGGAGACUAGAAAAAGAACUCUCGGGAGGAAGAUCCCAUUUUGUGGAGUCUUGUGGCUUGCCAAUAAGCACAUACUUCUCUGCCAUGAAGCUGCUUUGGCUCAUGGAGAAUGUGGAUGAUGUCAAAGACGCUAUCAAGAAAGGGGAUGCCAUCUUUGGCACUAUCGACACAUGGUUGAUCUGGAACAUGACUGGUGGUGUGAAUGGCGGUCUACAUGUCACUGAUGUCACCAAUGCUUCUCGGACAAUGCUCAUGAACCUCAAAACCUUGAAUUGGGACCAGGACACUUUGAAGACACUUGGCAUACCAGCUGAAAUCUUGCCUAAGAUUGUGAGCAAUUCAGAAGUGAUUGGAGAAAUAUGCAAAGGCUGGCCUAUUCCCGGUAUCAAGAUUGCUGGAUGUCUUGGUGAUCAGCAUGCCGCGAUGCUGGGACAAGCUUGCAGAAAAGGCGAGGCCAAGAGUACAUAUGGCACAGGCGCUUUCAUUCUUCUCAACACCGGAGAAGUGCCAAUCAAAUCAGGCCAUGGACUUCUGACAACAUUGGCCUACAAGCUCGGGCCUCAAGCACAUACCAACUAUGCACUGGAGGGUUCGAUUGCCAUAGCAGGAGCUGCUGUCCAGUGGCUUAGAGACAGCCUUGGGAUAAUCAAAAGCGCCUCUGAAAUCGAAGAUUUGGCAGCAAUGGUAGAUUCUACAGGAGGAGUGUACUUUGUGCCAGCGUUCAACGGCUUGUUUGCUCCUUGGUGGAGAGAAGACGCACGUGGUGUGUGCAUUGGAAUCACGAGGUUCACCAACAAGUCUCACAUUGCUCGGGCAGUGCUGGAGAGCAUGUGUUUCCAAGUGAAAGACGUCCUUGACUCCAUGAACAAAGAUGCAGGUGAAAAGGGUUCCCUAGAUAACGAGAAAGGCGAGUUCUUGCUCAGAGUUGAUGGUGGUGCCACAGCAAAUAACCUUCUGAUGCAGAUUCAGGCUGAUUUGAUGGGGAGUCCGGUGGUGAGGCCUGUGGACAUAGAGACAACAGCACUAGGAGCAGCCUAUGCAGCUGGGUUGGCUGUGGGAUUCUGGAAUGAAGCAGACAUAUUCGAGUCAGGAGAGAAGGCGAAGAACUCCAAAGUUUUCAGACCUGCUAUGGAAGAAGAAAUCAGGAAGAAGAAAGUGGCGUCUUGGUGCAAAGCGAUCCACAAGUUCCAGCGUUUGACUGUGGAAUCGAACAAAGUAGAAGGUAUAUAUGUGGAGACAUUGGAGCGGUCAAUGAUCGAAUUUGCUUCGAUUUAUGGCGUGAAAGCUCUUGCAGGAAACAAAUGUGAGACUGGGGUUUGGGUUGGGGAUAGGAAGAUCGGUGCUAUUGGAGUUCGGAUAUCUUCUGGAAUAACUACUCAUGGUUUGGCUUUUAACAUAGAUCCUGAUUUGAAGUACUUUGAGCACAUUGUGCCGUGUGGGAUUGCUGAUAAAGAAGUUAUAUCAUCUGAUCAUCUAUGUCAUGGAGGAUCUCUCCGAGGGUCAGAGGUAGUGACGCAAACCAUGGAUGAUGCAUCAUAUGCGCCGUUGUCACGAGAGCCAGGUUUGUUGCUUCUCGCUUAAUUUCCUACUUGAUAUCUUGGAAGUUGGAACCUUGGAUUUUUAAUUCUUAGCGUAACUUGCUGCACAAAAAAGGUCUCUUUGAGUUAAGUCAAUCAAUAUUUAGUUUUCUA